AUGUUCUCCAAUCCCUUAACCUUAAGCAGCAGUUCCGCAACGAUUCCAUCCACGAGCAGUUCUGCACCGAUUCCAUCCACCAGAAUUUCCACACCGAUUCCAUCCACCAGCCGUUCCGCACCGACUCCUUCUGCCAGCCGUUCCGGACGGACUACCUCUCCCAGCAUUUGGGCUCCGAUUCCAUCCAACAGCCUUUCGGCACCGACUCCUUCUGCCAGCAUUUCUGCACCGACUCCAUUCACCAGCCGUUCUGUACCGACUCCGUCUGCCAGCAAUUUCGCACCGACUCCAUCCACCAGCCGUUCUGCACCGACUCCGUCUGCAAGCAGUUACUCUCCGACUCUAUCCACCAGCCAUUCUGCUCUGACUCCCUCUACCAGGAUUACAAUCUAUCUAUCUAUCUAUCUAUCUAUCUAUCUAUCUAUCUAUCUUCAUGUUUGCAUAGGCUUGUCUGCUACAAAGCUAGAUAAGUUUAUUUUCAUUCGAAAUAAUAUCCUACCAGGAACUGAGUCCGAGAAAUGA